UGAGCAUUUAAGUUUUAUUCUGCAAUGCCGUUCUCGUUUAAGUAUUAUUUUAUCUGAAACUUUAAGACAGCAAUUAUCUUUAUUACACUGAAAGGCGUUAAAGAACCAUAAGGCGCACUAACAUUGGUUCCGCCCUGUGUUAGCCGUACAGUUUUGACGUUACACCGCGAUGUCCAUGCUACACUGACAGUUGUGGAGCUUGUGACCGCUGGAAUAGAAAUUUGUCAUUCAUGAUUUUUAGACUUGGUUGCCUCCUUAGCAUUGCGUUAACGUAGUGGAUUGGUUGACAUUUUAUUCAAAACCAUGGCUCGGGUUGUGAAAGUGUUUCGAACUCUGCGGAAUCAUUGGAAGAAGACCACAUUUGCUGUUUGCGUCCUGUCCUAUGGGAGCCACUGGCUGUAUGGUAAACACUGUGACAAUGUUCUGCGGAGAGAGGCUUGUCUCGUGGCCAGGGAAUUUGGGCGUCAACAGAUAGCACCACAGGAGCAGCUUAGGAAGGCAACAGUGAUCUUGAACCCUGCAGCGUGCAAUGGGAAAGCCAACAAUCUGUUUGAAAAGAAUGCUGCCCCUAUUUUACACCUGGCUGGUGUGGAGAUUACAAUAGUAAAGACAGAUUAUGAAGGUCAGGCAAAAAAACUAAUGGAGCUCAUGGAACACACCGACAUGUUGAUUGUGGCUGGAGGGGACGGCACCUUGCAGGAAGUCAUCACAGGUUUACUGCGAAGGGCAGAUCAAGACACAGUCAGUAACAUACCGAUUGGAUUCAUUCCACUGGGUUCUUGCAAUUCCCUGAGUCCAAGUCUUCACCUCCUCAGUGACAACAAGGUCAAAGCCAUUACAUCAGCAACACUGUCCAUUCUCAAGGGAGAAACUGUCCCCCUGGAUGUGCUACAAAUCAAAGGGGAGAAAGAGCAGCCAGUUUUUGCUCUGAUGGGACUACGUUGGGGUGCGUUCAGAGAUGUGGCUGCAACAAUCAGCAAAUAUUGGUACCUUGGGCCACUAAAAAAACAUGCAGCACACUGGUUUAGUACUCUCCGGGAGUGGCCCCUGGUCCGGAAUGUCUCAGUGUCCUACUUGACUCCCAGCCUCCGGCCCCCAGACCUGCCCCCUCAGAAGCCUCCCAGGCCCAAUCUGCUUUACCGCAUCGCCCGCAGACUGAAAAACUACUGGAAUCCUCCAGUUGAAGAGCCUCCAAAAGUGGAAGAGCCAGAGGAGUGGAAGGAGGAGCAGCUGUCAACAUUAGAGCUGUUUAUCCAGACACACAACAAAAACCCAGUGGAGAGGCGCACACAUGAUUCCCUGAUGAUCUGUGCAGAAUCGGAAAACUUCACAGUGGGCGAGUUCAUCACUGUCGGAAAUAAAAAAGAAGAGGACCCCACGAUAUUCACCAAAAACUCCACAAAACUGGAAGCCAGUGCUUGCCAGCUGCAGCUGCCAGAGGAUGCUGGUGGCUUCUACAACAUCGACAACGAGGAGUACGAGGCCAUGCCUGUGGAGGUAAGGCUGUUGCCACGGAAACUACGCUUCUUCAUCAAUGCAGAGCGCAGGGAGCAGCUGCUUUCACAGAUGCAGAAAGAGGGCUGAAGAACUGAAAGAAAAAAACUGAAAUCAAGAGAAACACAAUAGCAGAGCACCAGACAUGAUGAAACUGGGAGGUCAUUUUGGAAACUGAUGUCUGCUUUGCCAGCUGUUUAAAAUGAUCCUGAUGUGCUGUUGGUCUGUUUUGUGAACUUUGACAAAGUGAAGUUACUACAGUUAUAAGGAGAAUUUUAUUACAUGUCAUUGUAUGUGAAAGGACCAAGGCUUUGUUUCUUUAAGCCAGUAACACAUGUGCAAGUUGUCUUACCAAUAGACUUUAUGUUUACCAAAAGGUUUACUAUUGCCAUCGCAUUAAAACUUGGCUAAUAAAAAUAAUUCCUGUCCAGUUCAA